AUGGACUGGAUCGCGAGCGACGACAAUUCCGACCGAGAACAGGAACAGGCAGCACCAGCUUUCAACCUUGCUAUGUCGAUAGCUCGACCAUAUAAGCAUCCUGACUCGCUAAUGGUCCCACGCCGUGAAUGCCUCGCGAUUAUGGGAGCGCAACCGGAGACUGAGAAGACCACUCGACAGGUCAGCCUGUUCGGACCUAGGCGAUGGUUCCUCGACUUCGUUGCCACCCCAGCGACAUACCAAGACCUGCCUGACGAGAUGCGCCGGAUGGUUUGGGACAGUUACUUCCAACCCAACAAGCACCAUCCCGCGUUCCUCUUCCAGCUCAGUUUCCGCCAUAGAGACCACAACCUAGCCGUCACCCUCGGCCCCGACGCCGCCCCCGAAUGGAACCGAGGCGCGUACAAGCUAGCGCGCGGCCACCUCAUCACCAAGGCCCUGCUCAUCCACCGCAGCACCCACGAGUACGUGCACCGGAACUUCACGCCGCUGCCGCACUUCACCCAGACCGGCGGCAUACCGGCCCCCGACGAGCCGAGCCAGUUCUGGAUCGACGCCGCUAACGACAUCUUCACGCUCAACACGCCGGCCGUGCCGCACCCGCGCAUGCGGUUCGACCAUGGCGCCGUCGGAGUCUUGAAGCCGUGGUUGCUGCCCAUGCCCCUGCCGCUACAGCCGCCCAAUUCAUCCUUCCUGACCUUCGUCCGUCACGUCGCCGUCUGUGAGAGCACCUUCGCCAACAAGCAGGGCAGGGAGACCCUCUCGCAGCUGCUGUCGCUGCCCUAUCUCGAGAAAGUCUGGAUUUUCGUCAGCUGGGAGAUGACGCGCAACCAUGAGCUGAACAAGAAACCUCAGAAGCUGUUCUCGACCAAGGGCACUGCUUGUGCGACCUUCAAUCGACGGUACGCGCAGGUGCGCGGCAUGUCGACUGCUUCUGCUCCUCCUGCUGCUGCCGGUCAUGCUUCUCCUGACCCUAUCGCCUCUGCCCUCGAUCUCAUUGAUAUGUUCUCCACUAGCCAUAGCGCCGAGCAGGGCGCAGACACGGGCGGUGGCGGCGGCGAGAAUGCAGACGCUGGCAUCGAGGACCGCAUGGGAUUCCCGGAAAUCGUCGAGCUGCACGAAAUAGUGGAGCGGAUGAAUACUGAAUCCAGCAACGUCUUCACUGCGAUGCGUACCGAGCUCGCCAAGGUCUGGGAACCGUUUGCAGCCAAGGGCGUGCAGAAGCUGGUCCUGGUGCGCGAGGACUGGUGGAGAUGGAUGUGA